UAAAUAAAUAACAAAUAAUUUCCUUCCUCACUUCUUCUGCUCUGCCGACGAGUUUCUAUCGUCUUCUGUCAGCGAUCCCACCGAAUCGUUCCCCCCAAUUUGCUUCCCUCUCUUACUGUUGUCCCGCUUCCCGUUGAUUCUUCUGCAAUCUCCGAUCCGUCUUCGUCUUUCUCGUUAGUUCUUUCUGUAAGAAGCAUGAUAUUUGAUGCGGGAAGAUUUUUGAUCGACCGUUGCGCCUUCGGGAAGAAGCCGAGGUGGUGCUGCUCUUUCUGAGCGCAAGAAGAGAAAUCUGCUGCUGGAACUUUGUUGGUUCAUGCAAUGCCGGAGAAAGAGAUCCGUGAAGAUGAUUUCCUGAACUUUGACACCAUAAUGAGCCAUUCGCAGAAAUUAGAAGAAGAGCUACAAAAACUGGGACUGAGAAUUAAACAUCAUGAGGACAACCUGAAAUUUCUCAAGGCUCAGAUUGAUGGAAUUGAUGAAUCGAUUCUAGAUUUGCAAGUUGAACUAGGGAAAUAUCAUUCUAGAGCUCUGGAAACUGAAAACAGCAAUUUAUCUCCUGAGAAAUCUGAAAAUCAUACUGUUGAAAACAUACUAAAGCAAGAGCGAAGUGUGGCUGGUCUAAUAUAUUAUAUGAAACUUGAUCAUGGUCCACUAGCAGCAAAGUUACCAUUGACGAAGGAUGUGCUGGGUGUAGUAGCAACACUUGGGAAAGUACAUGAUGAUAACUUUAGCAGGAUUUUAUCAGAGUACUUAGGCUUGGAGAAUAUGAUGGCUGUAGUUUGCAAGACAUAUGAAGGUGUUAUGGCUCUUGAGAAAUAUAAUAAGGAUGGCAUGAUAGAGAGAAGAUCUGGUCUUAAUGGACUUGGUCUCUCUGUUGCACAAAAUAUACAAGGAAGAUAUCUCGUCUAUUGUAUUGAGAAUUUGAGACCUUAUGUUGGUGAAUUUAUACCUGAGGAUCCACAAAGGAGACUUGAUUUGCUGAAGCCAAGACUAGCUAAUGGGGAAACUCCACCUGAAUUUAUAGGUUUUGCUGUUAAUAUGAUUGAUCUGGACCGUAUGCACUUGGCUUACAUCACACCUAAUGGACUUGGCCUUCGUGAGACUCUCUUUUAUAACUUAUUUUCUCGCUUGCAAGUGUAUAAAACCAGAUCUGGUAUGCAAUGUGCUAUGCCUUAUAUAAGUGAUGGAGCUAUCUCCCUAGAUGGGGGUAUAAUGAAAAACAAUGGGGUAUAUUACCUUGGUGACAGGAACAAUAUUGAGGUAAGGUUUCCAAUAAGCUCAGGGAUAUCAAGGCUACCAGAAAAUGUCAUUGAAACUGAAAAGAACCUCAAGCUUAUAAACUGGAAGAAGGAAAGAUUCUUUGAAGAUAUGAAAAGAGAAGAAACAUUGCUAAACAAAGCAAAGGCAUUGUUUGCAGCCAAAAAGGAAGAGAGCAUAAACUACCUUAAAGAGACUGCACUGAAUUGGAAACAGGGCGUGGAAAAUAAUCAUAACUAGUUUCCAAUGAAGUGAAGAGAUCCAAUGAACACAAACCAAAGAAAAAUUACUUCUGUUUUACCAUGGUGUAGUUGCAUGUUCCCAACUCCCAAGUUCUUGAGAAUUCAUCAAGAUGGACAACUCUCUGAAAGCUUAGCAGAAGAAAGUUUAAGUUAUCUACACAAGAAGAUUUGAAUUUGGCCUCAAUUAGGAAAACGGAUAGCUGACCCGCAUUUUCAUACCCCAUGAGCGGUAUGUAAUCUUGAUGCACCCUACAAACUUUCAUGACCAACUGCUUAGAGCAAUUUUGUACAUGCCAUUUAUUAGGAUGGUGUUUGAAUUAUAGCAAAAUCUUUUUUUAUCUUCCGUAUUUGUAAACAGUAAUCAGCAGUGAGUUUCAUUUCUGAUAUCUAUGAGUGUACCCCCAUGCUACAGACAUAAAUUUGCUGCAUUCACCACUAAAGAGUAGAUAGUUUCAAUUGCC